CAAGUUGAUGAGCAAAUAUUCGCUCAAUUUAAGCAGUUAUAUUUAAUUUUUAAAAAGCUUGAUAUGAGUUCUAAUGAAAUUAAAACCAGACUAGAUUGCUUGGAAAGGUACCAAGAAGAACAAGAGAAUGAUCUCUCUAUACAAGUAAUAGAUAUAAGUAUUUUUG